GCGUUGUCGCUCUUGAAUAUUCGUCGGGAAAAUGGUGCAGUUGUCUUAAAGCCAGAGCAGGAAACGGCCAUUAACAAUCUUCUUAACGGGAGAGACGUCAUGGCAAUUUUGCCAACAGGUUUUGGCAAGAGCAUGAUAUAUACUGUCUUCGCUCUUGCCAAAGAACAAAUCUCUUCAUCGAAAACGUGUGUGAUUGUCAUUGCCCCUUUGAAAAGUAUUAUAGACGACCAGAUAUCCGAAAUGUUGUCGCUGAACUGCACGGCAAUGGAACUUACGACGGAAGCACUGAAUGUGGUUCGAGAGAGUCCACCUCAAUUUCUCUACUGCUCCGCUGAGACGGUGUUAGAAAAGGCAUUCCUUGCCGCUUUAAAAGAAAACAGUGCUCUACAUCGAGCCGUGUCGGCGAUUGUGGUCGACGAAUCGCACACAGUUGAAGCUUGGACAGGAAAAAGGUGAGAUUCUUGUUUACGUCGGCGUCCUUGUGAGUCUCAUGUUUGUUUGCAAUAUAGUUCGUGGUCUCUCAUAAGCUUAUAUUUUGUCAAUCCUUUCAUUUUUUGGCUAGAAAGCAAAGCAAAGGUGCGAAACCUGUUCAAGUGUUCCGUGGAGCGUAUGGAAAGUUAGCUAUUCUUCGGUCAAUGUGCAAAGACGGUAAGAAAAUAAUUUAAGUUACAUGGUGUCGUUCGCAUCUUUUACACUACGUCAAACAAUCAGAAACAAUACAGCAGAUAUGCAAGAAAACUAUUAUGAAAACCUACACAACCUCAUCAUCAUGUUAGCCGGUAUUUUAUGAACCUGCUUUAUAAUUUUACCCUCGAUCGGUCGUAUUUUUAAAUUCUGGUAUCAGAUGUUUAAAGUUUGUCCUUGUGUAAUGGUAUUCAUUCACAUGCAUGCGGCCAAAACAGAAAAAGAAUAAUACAGUGUAACAUAUAAAUGAAAACCUGCUACACUUAAGGGCUUCAUAAGGGCAAUGAUUUAAGUGUAAGAAAGUUGUAGACUUAUUCGUGCGAUCAUUUCAUGUACAACAACCAAUUGCUUAUUUAAAUGAUGAAAUAAAUUAUUGCAACAGAAAACCUACUUGAAAAUUUGACCAAUUUCAUAUGUACCCUGUAAACCUUAAGCUUCUCGAACUCGCCACAAGACUUCAGUCCUUUGUCCUGUAGUUAGUAUUGUAAUAUAUUAAUUAUUAUUCUGUUUUAUUGUAGGAAUUCCCUUGCUGGCUCUCACUGGGACUGCAGAUAAGGAAACUGAGAAGACAGUUAUCAAAGAGCUUGCCAUGAAGGAUCCUGUCAAAUUGUUUGUCAGCCCAAACAGAUGCAAUCUGCGACUAUCCAUCAACAAAGUGGGAAGACUUGAUAUGCUAAAGCAACUGGAUUGGAUUGUUGAAAUGAUAAAGACAAAUGGCAAGGAAACUCCCAAAAUCAUUGUGUUCUGUGACACCAUGUACUCCAUUGCGAGUGUUUUCAACUGCCUGAUGAUGUCACUUGGAGAAAAAGCUUUCCAUCCAAGCUCAUCACGGCAGCCCAAAAAUUGUUUGAUUGCCAUAUUUCAGUCACUUUCUCAUAAAGAGUACAAAGACAGGUUAUUGAAUUCAUUUAAAAACAAUGGACUAAAGCGUAUUGCCAUUGCUACUACAGCCCUGAGUAUGGGAGUAAAUUUUCCUGAUGUUCGUUAUGUUGUAAUGUAUGGUCCUGCGAGAAGCCUUCUUGAUUUUCAUCAAGAAGCAGGUAGGGCUGGAAGAGAUGGCCUGUCUUCAGACAUCGUAUUAUAUUUUUAUGGUCAGCAGUUGGCACACUGUGAGGAAGAUGUGCGUGACUUUUUGAAAACAAGUGGUUGCUACCGUAUAGCAAGCUACAAGACAUUUGAUCCAAAGAUUGCAAGUUUGUCUCCAUAUCAUGCCUGCUGUAACUUUUGUGCAGUUUCCUGUGUUUGUGGUGGUUCAAAUGGUUGCACCGAAUCAGUCAAGCCAUUUGAGAGGAAAUCAGCUUUAUCCACAAUAGUACAGACCAAAUGCAGAAAUGUAAGUGAUGAGGAGAGGAGUACUUUGAAUGCUGCUCUCUGUGAGUUGCAGGAGAGUCAUUCCUGCAGUGCAUUUGGGUAUUGCCAUGGCUUUUCAAAGGAGCUAGUUUCUGACUGUGUGGCAAACUGUCACAAAUUGUUUACUCUCGAGGACAUAACUACCACUGUGCCUGUUUUUUCAAAAAAACAUCCUCUUAAAAUUCUGGAAAUCUUAAAUGAAAUAUUCAAUGACAUUGAUGAGUCAAGCUUAACUGAUCCAACAAACAGUUUCUGUGAAGAGUUCAUUACUGGACUGGAAGAAUUGCUUUUGUGUGAUUAUACUGAUUUUGAAGAUCAUUUACCAGAUCCAGAUGCUUUGUUAGACUGA